CCGGUGCUGAGGCUGGAUGACGGACGGAUCCCGGCUCCAUCAUCCGGUGCGGCGCACAACUGUUUGCUCCUCCUGCUCCUCAUCCGGACCAACAGAUUUCUUCUGACAGCUGAUCCAAUCGACGUUUCUUCGUUCCACUUAUGAAUCCGGUGCCAUUUUGAAGGUUUGCAAGGAGAGUCCUUCACCAGAAACUACCAUUGGACCGCCUCCAUUAAGGCGCAGCAUUAAGCACCAUGGGUGGUGCCGCGGUGGACAUCGGAGCACCAGCUGUGAAGGCUCCAGAUGGAGGAUGGGGCUGGGCGGUGCUGGCCGGAUGCUUUGUCAUCACAGGCUUCUCCUAUGCAUUCCCUAAAGCAGUCAGCGUCUUCUUCAAAGAGCUGAUCCGGGAGUUUGGUGUUGGAUACAGCGACACGGCAUGGAUCUCAUCCAUCCUGCUGGCCAUGCUCUAUGGCACCGGUCCGGUUUGCAGCGUCCUGGUGAACCGUUUCGGCUGUCGUCCUGUGAUGAUGGUAGGAGGCCUCUUCGCCUCCUCUGGAAUGAUCCUGGCAUCCUUUUCCACCAGCAUCGUCCACAUCUACCUCUGUACUGGAGUCAUUACAGGUCUGGGAUUAGCUCUGAACUUCCAGCCAUCUCUGAUCAUGCUCAACCGUUACUUCAGUGAGAAGCGUCCCCUGGCAAACGGCCUUUCCGCCGCUGGGAGCCCCGUGGCCCUCUGCUGCCUCUCCCCUCUGGGUCAGGUUCUUCAGUACCAGUACGGCUGGAGGGGGGGCUUCCUCAUCCUGGGUGGGAUUCUACUGAACUGCUGUGUCUGUGGGGCCCUCAUGAAGCCUCUGGUUGCUCCGAAGGCCGGAGAUCAGGCAGAGGAUCAUGACCCGGAAUUAGAGGAGUUAGAGAUAAAGAAGAAGAAGAAGAAGCAGAAACUUCUGGACUUCUCCGUGUUUAAAGACAAGGGGUUCGUCAUCUACACAGUAGCAGCUUCCAUCAUGGUGCUCGGCCUGUUUGUGCCCCCUGUGUUUGUUGUGAGCUACGCUAAGGAGCUGGGAAACGAAGACACUAAGUCUGCCCUGCUGCUCACCAUCCUGGGUUUCAUUGAUAUGUUUGCUCGACCAACCUGUGGCAUCCUCGCCGGACUGAAAUGGGUUCGACCUCGCUGCGUCUACUUCUUCAGCUUCGCGAUGCUCUUCAACGGAGUUGCUGACCUCAUUGGGUCACAGUCCAAGGACUACGCAGCUCUGGUAGUUUUCUGCAUCUUCUUUGGCAUCUCCUAUGGCAUGGUGGGCGCGCUACAGUUCGAGGUGCUAAUGACCAUCGUUGGCACUGAAAAGUUCUCCAGCGCCAUCGGCCUUGUUCUUUUAAUGGAGGCUAUUGCUGUGCUGGUGGGACCUCCAGGUGCAGGCCGACUUCUUGAUGCUACCAAGAACUACAUGUACGUCUUCCUGCUGGCAGGAUGUGAGGUGGUGGUCUCAGGAGUGGUUCUGGCCACUUGCAACUUCCUGUUUAUCAAGAUAAAGCCCCCCCCACCAGCAGACAAACUGGAGAGCAUCACACUGACCGAUGAAUGUAAUGCAAAGCUGCGAGGCAACAAGGCAGAUGGAGACGAUGAUGAAGAAAAGGGAGAGAGAGAAGAGCAAGAGAAGGUUAUGGAGGAGCAGAAAACGGAGGAGGAGGGCAGAGAUGAUGUCCGACCAAAGAGUGUGACGGUGGACUCCCAGGAGGUGGAGAGGUUCUUAAAAGAUCCGCAGCCGAACGGUAACAUGGCUGCCUGCCCUGAAACCUGUCUUUAGGUAGAGAUAGAGGGAGAAGCAGUUAUGAAACAGCUCAGUGAAACGUACCAGUUGGCAACGUACCCAACCCAAAGCUUUUCCCAUAUUUAAAUGUUUGAGCGAUGUGUUUCUGUCCGUCAUUUGAAGUAGCUUUGUAACACUGCCAUCAUCUAAAUGGUUAACGCUUCUGUUGGCGCCGUCUUUCCGCGUGAGGUUUGAAAAGUUUGCUACUUAAAACUCAGCUGCAGUCCUGCCCUGUGUAGACAGUUUCUAUCAAAUGUUGGCUCUUUUUUAUGAAUGUUCGCCACCAGCAAGUGAAAUUAAUGGAUAAGUUUGUCAAAAUUCUGCCUUUUUAGCAUAAAAGGAUCACAUGAAGGGAUGGUAAAAGUAAACGCUUUAAGCACUGGGAUGAAACGGUGUAAUCUGGAUGCUGUUUGAUACGUUUACAGAACAGUGAGGGAGGUUUCAAAUGAUUUGAUCUGCAUCCGCUGUGGUUGUUGAGGCCGGGAGUGAUCUAUUCCCAGAGAGUGAGGUCACCAGACACUGAGGCUGCCUUCUGGACACAUUAGAUCGCACUAAAAACACUUGAUGGAGUUAGAUUAGGUCAUUAGUAUGAGGCUGGGUUCUGGUAUCUC